AAUCCCUCCGCAAUCCGUUCCUUUGAUGCCAUAGAAUGUUCUAGUUGGCUGUGGAUAAUUCUCGAAUGCCAGAGGAUCAGCUGAUUGCAACCCCUCUUUCUUUGAUGCUAGUGAUGUAACUUCCCUGUUAGUUUUGCGCUCUCUGCACCUGGAUCACGCCACAACCUUCUGAUUCUUCGAUUUCUGGCAAGUUCCAGCAAUCAAUGGAAACUCACCAACCAAUAUUUAAGUAGGGCUUCUCCCCUCUGAACCCGCCUCCUUCCUUUGCACUGCAACAACAAUUCUUCAUGCAAGCCACACGAAGACUUUCAAGACUUCCACUCAGAAGAGUCCUACUCAAACCAGCAACACCAAAACGCAAGAUGUCUCUCUUCCCGAGAUCUUUCCUCACUGCCGAUCCAGCCUACUCCUUCCAACCACUCUUCCGCAUGCUCGACGACUUCGAUCAAUACAGCCGCCAAGGCGACCGCGACACCGGCACCUCCUUAAAGACCUUCACCCCCAAGUUCGACGUCAAGGAACUCAAGGAUACCUACGAACUCCACGGCGAACUCCCCGGAAUUGAGCAGAAGGAUGUGGAGAUCGAAUUCACCGACGCCCACACCUUGACCAUCAAAGGCCACACCGAGCGCAGCUACACCUCUGGUACUCCACCAGCCGGCUUCGUCGAGGGCGCUCCUGCCCAAGGUGCCAUCGAGGGUACAGACGGUCACAAGGGCCACAAGGCUACUGUCGAGGAUGAGGGUGCUGUUGAGCGUUCCACCGAAGUUACCAAGAGGGAGGAGCCCACUCAGCCCAAGGAGCCCGAGUCCAAGUUCUGGGUGUCUGAGCGCAGCGUAGGGGAAUUCAGCAGAAGUUUUACGUUCCCGGCCCGUGUCGACCAAGACGCCGUCACGGCAACCAUGAAGAACGGCUUGCUCUCCAUUGUCGUUCCGAAGCACAAGAAGAGUGAGCCGCGCAAGAUCGCCAUCUCCUAAACGCCGGUGUUUUUCUUCAAUGUCGAGUUUAACAACGGCUCUCAACCUUCGGCACGGAUUGGUAAUUGGUAUGGUGGAUGGGGUGGUGAUGAUAUGAUGACUGGUUCUUGGAGGAGUUAAUUGACUUUCGUUCUCUUGCAUUUGAGCGGUUGAUUGCAUUCAUGGAAAAGGAAAAGCAAAAAAAAAAUAAAAAAAUAAAAAAAAAUAUCUUUGGCG